CCUGGCCUUAACGUAUAAGAGAUGUACCGCUCAACGAUGGUAGCCUGCGUGAUAACAAUGGUAACGUUGAUGAGUACAAAGGAGCAAAUGUCAGAGGCUACCUCAAGUCAACGCUACUGCGGAGACUCCCUCAAGAACGCCCUCUCACUUAUCUGCAGUGGCGGAUUCAACAAGAGAUCAGGCGAUGACCUCGUUGAAACCAACGUCCUUAGUGAUGAUCCUGAGACGGUCAGGCUGUUCAGGGACAGAAACAUAGCGAGAUCAUUACGUCUCCGUCAGCGAGCAAGGGGUGUCGCUGAUGAGUGCUGCCACAGAUCUUGCAGCAUUAACGAGCUUUCAUCCUACUGUGUUUGCAGAUGA